CUCCACCUUCUCAUGAGUCGAGCCUCCGUGGACGACGCAUUCAUUCGCCUUGAUCUCCAAUCCCUCUCUCCCUUCCUUCCUUCCGGAGAGAUCGAGAGGGGCAGGCAGGGAGAUGGAGAGGGCGGCCCCCGUGAGGAGUUCCCACACCUCGACGGCCGGCCUGCUCGCGUGGCCUCACCCCGAUGGCGCCGGCUCGCUGCCAGCACGCCGGCCUAACCAGCCGACGGAGGAGUUCAGGAAGGUGGUGUUUGGGGGGCAGGUCACCGAGGAGGGCGCCGGCGGCCACAACAAGACCAAGAUGAGGGCGACGGGCUCCGCGCCCAAGUCGAAGGAGACAGCAGGGAUCGGCAUAUUCAAGGCCGAGAGUGCCGCCGCCGCCGUCGCAACUGCCUCCCGCGAUCGUCAGGCUAGCCAGAUCACCUUUUCUCAGGACGGGACCAUUCCUCCCAGGAAGCCAACUUCAGUUGCUGGGGUGGCGAGGCAGCGUGAGCUUAGCCAUACCGUUGAGAGCGAGGGGGACAGUAAGAUGAAGCGGCAGGUGUCCAGUGCGAAAUCCAAGGAGCUCAGUGGUCACGACAUCUUUGCUGAUCAUGAAGUUCCCAAACCCAACAGGUCAAGGAGAUCAGACUAUGGCAGCUCCGCCACGCUGUCACCUGUGAAAAAUGCAAAUGUGAGCUCCUUCUCGUUUGGAGAGGCCGACACAGACAGCGCAGUGAAAACAGCAAAGAAGAAAGGGUCCAGCAACAAGUCUACUGAUCUGAAUGGCAAGACCAUCUCCGGGAGAGAUUCAGUGCCUGCAGAGAAACAGGCUCUGAACCGCGCGAAGCCGAAAGGAAUGAGCGGUAGCAGCAUUUUUGCAGACGGGAAGGCCUCAACAACCGGAGAUCAUGCAGGCCGUCGAACCCGGCAGCCUCCUGGCGGCGACAGCAGCAUCUUGCUGGGCUAGCGUGCAUAUGGAUCUUAUUGUCCUAUGCCGCCGCACGGGUGGUUGGUCCGUCAGUCUGCGUCCUUGUUUUCGUGAUCAGGCGAUGAGUCCCAUCUCCAGUCUUUGAGAUGAUCUGGUUCACUUCUGGCGUGGUUUGGUCUGUGUUGGUUGUGGCAUGCCCGAUGGAACAACCCCUGAUGGAACAACCCUAUCCCUAUGGCGUUUGGUGCCGUUUUGUUGUGUACAAUGGAUGGCGUGUGCUGCCGUUUUCUUGUGUGUACAAUGGAUAUAUGUAUACACACAUAUAUGUGUGUUUUGCUUAUUAAAUACGAAAAAUUGGUAUGUGGUACCAGUA